AACAGCUGUGCAGUGAUGUAUAGCUGUCUUCAACGAUCAGAUUCUCCACUUUUCCGGCGGGGAAUUCCUCUUCCGGUUUUUCAUGCGCUAACCUCCCGUCGUAGGAGCGAAGGCAGAAUGAAGUUGAACAAGCUCGUAACCUCUUCCAGAAGGAAAAACCGUAAACGCCACUUCACAGCACCUUCUCACAUCAGACGUCGGCUUAUGUCCGCACCCCUGUCUAAGGAAUUACGACAAAAAUAUAAUGUCCGUUCGAUGCCAAUUCGUAAAGACGAUGAAGUGCAAGUGGUGAGAGGCCACUACAAGGGUCAACAAAUUGGAAAGGUUAUCCAGGUGUACAGAAAAAAAUUCGUCAUCUACAUUGAGAGAAUUCAGAGAGAAAAAGCAAACAGUACCAGUGUAUACGUUGGUAUCGAUCCCUCGAAGACUGUUAUCGUCAAAUUGAAGAUGGACAAAGACCGCAAAAAGAUCAUCGAUAGGCGAAGCAAGGGACGUGCGGCUGCCCUAGGUAAGGACAAAGGAAAAUACACCGAGGAGACCACGUCUGCUAUGGAAACAUCGUAAAUAUAAUGUAUUCUCUCUCGGAUGCGAAUUAAAUAAAAAAAACACAAAAUUUUCA